AUGGGAAAUAAAAAUGGCUCAUCAGAAAGAUUAUUGGAUGAAACAAAAAAUUUACUUAUGCAAAAAGCUGGUAUGUCAAAAUAUGACUUAGAAUUAUGGUACAAAGCAAUAUUAGACCGAUCAACAAAAGGAAAAUUAUCUAAAAAACAAAUGAUAUCUAUUUAUAAAGAUAUGAGUCAUCUUGAUCCAGCACAUAUAAAUGAAGUUGUUGAUUCAUUAGAAAGAGUUUUCGAUGAAGACCAUAGUGGUACUGUUGAUGUAAAUGAAUUUAUGCGUGGUUUUAUAUUAACAACUAAAGGUGAUUUACAAUCAAAAAUUGAUUAUACAUUUCGAAUAUAUGAUGAAAAUAAUGAUAAUCAGAUAUCUGGUGAAGAAAUAAAAAAAAUGGCCAAUGCAAUAACACGAAUGUUAGGUGGUGAUGGAAAAGGAAAUGACAAAGCAUGUUCUGCUAUAAUUCAUCAAUUUCUCGGACAAUUUACUGGUAGUGAAAAUGGUGUUAUUUAUAAACAUGAUUUUAUAAAAACUGUGAUGCAAAAUAGAGAACUUUUGACUAUACUGUCACCAUUUUAUGGUACUGAUUAG